AUGGCUAGAAGGGUAGCUUUAGUGCUAUGGCUUGUUGCUUUAGUGGUUGCUUCUUUGGGUGUUGAGGGUAGGGAUGUUAGUAAGAUUAAGGAUGGAGAUGUGAAGAAUCCAGAGACGUUUUUGGGUGGAGUUGGUGGUGGUGGGGUGUUUGGUGGCAUAGUAGGGUGGAAGAAGGGUUGGGGUGUUGGGAUUGGGAAGGGAGUUGGGUUUGGGAUUGGGAAAGGAAUUGGGUUUGGGAUUGGAGCUGGCAAGCCUGAUUGCUACGGAAAAGGAGGACUAGGUGGUGUAGGUGGUGGUUCUGGAGGUGGUGUAGGUGGUGGUUCUGGAGGUGGAGUUGGUGGUGGUGCAGGAAGUGGUGCUGGCGUUGGUGGUGGAACGGGUGGUGGUGUUGGAGGUGGUGCCGGUGGUGGCACUGGAGGACAUGGGAAGGGUGGCUACUAUGGAGGUGGUGCUGGUGGUGGCACCGGUGGUGGUGGAGGACAUGGAAGUAAGGGAGGAAGUACAGGUGGAGGGGUAGGAGGAGGUUCAGGAGGAGGAACCGGUGGUGGUGUUGGUGGAGGUAUUGGCAAAGGAAUUGGAGGAGGUGGUGUUGGUGGAGGUAUUGGCAAAGGAAUAGGAGGAGGAGGUGUUGGUGGAGGAAUAGGCAAAGGAAUUGGAGGAGGUAUUGGAGGUGUUGGCGGAGGAAUAGGCAAAGGAAUUGGAGGUGGUAUAGGUAAAGGUAUUGGUGGAGGAAUAGGUGGAGGUAUCUGGAAGGGAGUUGGAGGAGGAAUUGGAGGUGGUGUUGGUAAAGGAUUUGGAGGUGGAAUAGGUGGAGGCAUAUGGAAAGGAGUUGGUGGAGGCUACCAUAAAGGGAUAGGAGGAGGAAUUGGAAAAGGAAUCGGUGGUGGAGUAGGAGGAGGUGUUUACAAAGGUAUUGGAGGUGGAUAUGGUAAAGGGAUUGGAGGAGGAAUAGGUAAAGGUAUUGGCGUUGGCAUUUGGAAGGGAGUUGGUGGCGGAAUUGGAGGCGGUGUUGGUAAAAAGUUCGAAGGAGCAACUGUUGUUGCCCACAAAUCACCAUCACAACACUGA